AUGGCGCCAGCAUCCUCUCUCAACUCUAUGUCAAUACACUGGCCACUCCUCCUGACAGGAAGCGCGCUCUUCUCCAUCGGCGUCCUGGCCGGCGGCCUAUGGAACAAGAAGCGUGCAUCAACACUACGCUCCCCGCGAACGACACUCCUCCCCAAGCUAUCCAAAGAGGAGAUCUCCGACCUGGCCUACCCGCCCGACGUCCUCCCCGGCGGCCGCGACGUCGACACGCCCUACGGCUCGAUCCGAGUCUACGAAUUCGGCCCCGAAACAGGGCGCAAGGUUCUCCUCAUCCACGGGAUCAGCACGCCGGCCAUCGCACUGGGCGGCGUGGCGCACGGCCUAGUCGACGCCGGCUGUCGGGUGAUGCUCUUCGACCUCUUCGGGCGCGGAUACUCAGACACGCCGGGUGACCUGCCUCACGAUAUACGGCUCUUCACGACGCAGAUUCUGCUGGUGCUCGCUUCGUCGCCGUUGCCGUGGACGGGGCAUGGUGGCAACAAGUUCAGCCUCGUGGGAUAUAGUCUUGGAGGCGGCAUCGCGAUGACCUUCGCCAGCUACUUCCCCGAGCUGAUCGAUAGUCUGGUCCUGUUUGCGCCGGCGGGGAUCCUGCGGCCCUACCACAUCAGCAAGACCAGCCACAUCAUCUACUCGGAGGGGAUUAUCCCGGAGGGGAUCCUGGAACGGGUCGUCCGCCGCCGGCUGCGCAGUCCGAUGGCUCGGCCGCUGCGGACGACGACCACUCCGCAAGAGGAGGCGUCCGAGAAGACAGUCGGUGCCACUGAAGCGGCGGCGGCCGAGGUGGGCAAAGCAGAGGUGAAUCUCGAGUCGAAUAGUCGCGCGGUGCUCUCGAAAUCGCGGCCCCAUGUCACGGUGGAAAAGGCCGUGUUGUUCCAAUUGGACAAUUACUCCGGGUUUGUGCACGCGUUUAUGUCGAGCAUCCGGUACGGGCCUGUGCGGUAUCAGCAUGAUCGGUGGCGGAUCUUUGGCGAACACCUCGCGCGGCAGAAUCAGGUCAAUGGGACGAACAAGAAGGUGUUGGUUGUAUUGGGGAGGAAUGAUCCCAUUAUCAUCCAGAAGGAGGUAGAGGAGGACGCGAACGACAUUUUGGGUGGGAACGUCGAGUUUGUGGGUUUCGAGGCUGGGCACGAGGUUCCGGUCACGAAGGCCGAGCAAGUGGUCAGGACGAUUGUGGAUUUUUGGGGCAGGACUGAUUGA